GGGGCAGGAGUUGGGCUGGCUCAGGCUCACAGAACGUUCUAAUGGGCUUAGUGUUCCGCACGGCAACGCAGUCAGCUGCACUUCUGCUCGCCCUGCUGGGAUGGGUUUUAUCCUGCCUUACGAACUACUUGCCACACUGGAAGAACCUCAACCUGGAGCUGAACGAGAUGGAAAACUGGACCACGGGGCUCUGGAAAUCCUGCGUCAUCCAGGAGGAAGUCGGGAGGCAAUGCAAAGACUUUGACUCCUUCCUGGCCUUGCCAGCAGAACUGCAGGUCUCCAGGAUCUUGAUGUCCCUGUCCAAUGGGCUGGGGCUGCUGGGCUUGCUGGCCUCUGGCUGUGGCCUGGACUGCUUGAGGCUGGGAGAGACCCAGAAGGGUCUGAAGAAGCGACUGCUCAUCCUGGGAGGGAUCCUGCUCUGGACCUCGGGUGUGAUGGUCCUGGUGCCUGUCUCCUGGGUGGCCCACGUGACAGUGCAGGAGUUCUGGGAUGAGACCGUGCCUGACAUUGUGCCCAGGUGGGAGUUUGGGGAGGCCCUGUUCCUGGGCUGGUUUGCUGGCUUCUGCCUGGUGCUUGGAGGGUGUGUGCUUCACUGUACAGUCUGCUCCAGGCCAGCUCCUCCAGCCCCGGGCCACUAUGCAGUGCCAGGACCUCGAGACCACCAGCAGCAUCUGGAGCUAAAACCAGCCAAUCCAGAAGUCUAAGCUCGAGGGGUCAGUGGCAUCUCUGAUCUCACUCACCUGGACUUGGUAGGCUCUCCUGCUAUAAUCACCUCUACUGACUGUGCUUUUGAUUUUCUGAAAUGCAUACUUCCCUCCUGUGGCUAUUACCCUCCUCAGACACAAUUUCUUUCUACAAGUGAGAAAAGUGCUUCUACUUUCUAUAUGGAGGCCAAGUGAGUCAGGACCUAUGGAUGGAGUCUGUCAUUACUGUGUAUAAGCUUUGCCAAACUUUUAAAGUAGGCUGUGACUGUGCGCACACAGGGCAUCAGUAAAUAAAACAUU